GCGGGGGCGCGCUGCGGCGGCGGCGGCGGCGGCCUCCUGUGGCCCAGGGUGACCGCUACGGCGGCUUCCAGUGCUUCGUGACGGGCUCAGGCGGAGCUGAACUGGACGCUAUUUCCAGAGGAGCGGCUCGCGGCCCCGUUGAAGGACACCGGAGCGUGCCGACGUGCUCAAGAGCGCGACUUUCGCGAAGCGGAGGAAAUCUGCGCGGGGACUAGGCUUGCGGUCGGCGUGGUUCGUGGUGGUCGGCUCAGUUCGAGUCACGGCCGAUGAUGCUGGUGGUAUAGGCUGAAGGAUCCGAAGUCGACCACCCGCUCGAGAUGGAACGCUGGGGCGCCUCGCGAUAAGCUGAACGGUUCGGCACUGUGCAGAAGCUCGUGGUCUGCCCACUAAUUUUUCGGCCUCGCAGCACCAUGCCAGGAUGGUGACGUCCGCGGCCGCCGUGUUGCUGCUGGCCGCCGCCGUCGGCGCCUUCUCCCCAGCAGGUGAGAAGCCGGCGGCCAUGCAGACGGGCGGCAGCGGCGCGCUGCCCAGCGCCUUCUCCGUGCUCACGCUGGCGGUGUUGCACCUGUUCGGCGCGCUGCGGCGGGCGUAG